AGUAUCCACACCUCCUACUUGUAGGUGUUUUUCUUGUUCUGUUACCUGAAAGAAGAAGAAACUUAAUAGGAGUGUAGUACUUACUGCUUUUAUAUUAUUACAAUCCGUUGAGAUAAAACCCUGCUUCUAUUGCAAAAAGAAGGGAUCCUAGUGUUUAGCUUCCGAGGUCAACUUAAGUUACUACUUAAAGUGUAUUAAGGAUUAUAAAUCUUAUUGUAAGGCGUUUCUUACACCUCAACAAUUAUUACGUAUUUCCCGUUAGCGCGACUAGCUUAACAGUAAGGUCGAAGCCAUCGAAGAGGAAAUCGCAAAUCUUAUGGCUAAAGAAUGGUCUAAAAAGGCAGCGUGUACGGUGUCCCGGGGUAUCGACAAUUUAGCGGAGCUGGAGCAGUUGGAGCAGAAGGAGCGUAAGGCAGAGGCCGCUCUUCAGGCUGCUACAACGCAGUCGGCAGAGGGUUCUUCCAAGGUCGUCCCCGCUUCUUUAGAAUCAGUAGAUUAUUUAGGGAUGUUGUCGAUGGAUCCUAAGCUAGCACAAUCCCUAGGCUUUAAUAGAGUUUUUCCACCAGCGCUAUUAAGUUCUUAAGAUGCUCAAUAGGUUCCCAUGUUUCUUCUUUUUCUUUCCCUUUUUCCUAUUAUACCCUAUAGCGUCGUUUACCAUCUUC